ACUAAUUUCCAUUCUCAUUUCCUCUCGUUGAUGGAUUGAGUUUGCUAACAUUCUGCUCUCCCUAGAGAACUGACUAGUGCAAUUAUUAUGAAAUAAAUUUAAAUACUCAGACAACCAUUAGUUUGGUUGCGUGUAGCAACACUGUAUUGUUGACUCUGUUGUCUUAGAAGUAUGCGUGAUAUAGUCAUCUAAGAAAUGCUGGGUUGCAGUUGUCCCAGCGAAACUACCUUUGAUUACGUAGUUGUUGAAUUUUAACUGUUUUUUGAAUUAAUACUUUUCAUAGUCCUUGACAAACACAGCUGUAACAUAACAAAAUUGACAUUUAACAUAAACAUUCUCGAACGUAUGAGUUGAAAUAGGUGGUGUUUCUCUCAGACAAAUGUUAGACAGCAUUUCCCCUUGAUGCAGUCCCACUGCUCAAAGUUCAUGGAGCUGUUACAGGGGUACUGGUUUUAGGAUCUUGGGAGCUGAUUUGGAUAUUCACACAUCAUCAUUCUGGCUGAAAUAUCUCCGGUGUAAGAUCGGAACACGUAGCCAGGUCUCAGCUCUUCUCAGUUCUACAAAUUUAGCCUGAUAUUUUAGCCUGGAGGAGCGGGUAACAAUGAGUUGAAACAUACGAAGAGAGAAUUUAGCUAAAGAUGAUCCAAAGAGAAUUCUCAAUUUUUAAGUCAUAGGUUUUUAUUGGAAAUUCCAGUGUGCAGUCUCUUGUUUUUAUAUACUGUGAAGUCUUCGGUUCAUGAUGAUUUGGGAAGGCGUCCAAGGUAUGCCAGGCAGCUGAGGCAGAAAAUAGCAUCAGGCUCCCGCUUUGGUUCAGGACUGGGUUUCUUUUCUAAACUCUGUUUCCCAUAGGUGGUCUGUGACCUGCAUUUCAUUUUUCCCGUGUGUCCUCAUGUGCUUGUUUUCAGCAGCGACCCAGCAUUGUUGUGGGUGUCAGUCCUGUGUGAGGGUGGCCUUAUGCCUGCCAUUCUUGAACUUGAACUCCCGACCUCAGGUGAUCCACCUGCCUUGGUCUCCAAAGUGCUUGGAUUACAGGUGUGAGCCACCUCACCCGGCCACCUGCCAUUCUUGAAAUAACUCCCGGCUCUUCUGUCUAGUGUCCUUAUCCUUCACACACUUUCAAGUGCUGCUUGAAGCCACCUAAUGCCUGAAAGUAGACUUAAUGCGGAAAGUCCCCCAAUAACACAGCAUUCCUAAGAGCUAAACUAGAGUGGUGGUCACAAAAAUCUACUUAAAGAGAGACAGAAAGAGGAUGGGCAAGGUGGCUGGAGACAAGAAAAUUAUGCUGUCCCAUGAGCAGUUUAUUUCCAGAGCUGCUGAACUGUCAGGUCACAAAGACUUGGAGGAUGGGGAGUGAACCAACAUUUAUCCUAGUGGUGUGAGUGUUAACCCUUUAUUUACAAUCGCCUAUUUGAAACACACAUAAACAUUGCAUGCAUGGCAUUUAAUCUUAUUUUUGUUGGUAUGGUUGGUGCCAGAUAUGUGGUAGCCUCUUGUACAGCUGAAGAACAUGAGGCUUAGAGAGACUGAAGCACUAUUGUGUUGAUGCUGUUCACAUAGUGUUUCUUGGCAAAGCUGGUAUCUGACUCUGCAUUUGUGUAGACUGAAGUUUGGACACAAACUUCUCUUGCACCAGGAAAAGAAGGAAUGACCAUUUCUUUUUUCCUGCAUAUGUAAAGAAAAUUUCCUGCAGAAUCCCAAAAAAGGGAAAGGAUGAAGGUGUUCGGAAAAAAUGAGGAGGGUCGUGGAAGGAAGUUUGACCUGAAUGACUUAGAGCUGGAGAUGAGGUUAGCAGGGAUAAGGAGUGUGUGUGGGAUAUAUGUGUGUGUGUGUGUGUGUGGGAUGUAUGUGUGUGUGUGUGUGUGUGUGUGGUGUCCCAAUAUGCUUGUGUGGGAUGUGGCAUGUGUGUGUGUGUUUGUAGUAUGUACGUGGUGUGUGUGUAUGUGUGUGGUGUGUAUGUGUGGUAUAUGUGCAUGGUGUGCAUAUGGUGUGUGUAUGUGUCUGGUGUGUGUGUAGUGUAUGUGUCUGGUGUGUAUGUGUGUGGGGAGUGUUUUGUGUGUUUGUAGUGUGAAUAUGUGUGUUUGUAGUGUGUGGAUAUGUGUGUUGUAGUUGUAUGGCAUGUGUGUAUGUCUGUGUCUGUGUAGAUAGCAAGUAUGUGAGGCUUGUCAAGGUCACUGUGCUCAUGAGAGUCACCAGGUGUCCUUUCUCCAAAGCCACUAUCCCUCACAGGCUUCUGUGCUGUAUGCUGGGUGCAUCUGGAGCAGGCUUUGUUCUGGGCCAGUGGCAAUGGGAAGUAGCCCUUGGCUGAUGUUCUCAGAAGCUGGGGAGUAAGAAGGAAUCAGGCAGAUUUGAACGGCUGAGUAUUAAGUUUUAGUGACUUUUUCUUAUGAGUGUAUUGGGCUAAUUUUCCCUCACCUCAACCACUUGCAAAAAAAAUUUUUCCUGAAUAUUUUAAUUUUUUUUUUUUUUUUUUGGCCUGGCUCUGUGGCUCACACCUAUAAUCACAGUACUUUCGGAGGCUGGGGUGGGUGGAUCACCUUAGGUCAGUAGUUUGAGACCAGCCUGGUCAAUAUGGCAAAACCCCGUAUCUACUAAAAAUACAAAAAUUAGCGGGACAUGGUGAUGUGCGCCUGUAGUCCCAGCUACUUGGGAGGCUGAGGCAGGAGAAUCACUUGAACCCAAGAGGUGGAAGUUGCAGUGAGCCAAGAUCGAACCAUUGCACUCCAGCCUAGGUGACAGCAAGACUUCAUCUCAAAAAAAUACAUAAAAAUAAAAAGUUUAAACUUUUUAAAGUUAGCUUUUAAAAAACAAUAGGAAAUAUAUUUUAAAGGUCUCAAAAUUUUAAAGUUUUCCCUCUGUCAGCUACCACUGUUAAUACUUCCUUGUUCAUCCUUCCAGAGGUACUUUAUUAUGUGUAUAGACAAGAAAACUAAUUAAACAUGUAGAGAACAUUACAUAUGGACUUUGAGUUCACUACGGUUAUACUCAGAAAAGGAAAAAGGGUCCUUAUUUUAGGUGCCAUAUUGUCUGAGAAACAAAAUACAGCAAGAUGUGUUCUUUAAAUAGAUCAAAUGCAGAUAUUUAAGAAACUCUUCAUUAUUUUGAAGCAGUUUUAAAGCUAGAUAUGAGGAACUUUCUGGAAUGAAGUUAUUUGCCUUGCAGCAUCCAAUCACAAUGAAUGUGCAGAAUUCUCACUGGUAGAACACCUGCUGUACCCCCAGGCUUUACAACGGCUUCUCCUUACUUUUUUUUUUUUUUUUUUUUUUUUUGAGACAGACUCUCGCUCUGUCCUCCAUGCUGGAGUGCAAUGGCAUGAUCUUGGCUCACUGCAACUUCCACCCCCCGGGUUCAAGCAAUUUUCCUGCCUUACCCUCCCAAGUAGCUGGGAUUACAAGCAGAUGCCACCACACCUGGCUUAUUUUUGUAUUUUUAGUAGAGACGGGGUUUCACCAAGUUGGCCAGGCUGGUCUUGAACUCCUGACCUCGUGAUUUGCCCACCUAGGCCUCCCAAAGUGCUGGGAUUACAGGUGUGAGCUACCACUCCUGCCCUGGCUUCUCCUGAUUUUAAGGGACCUUUUAGACUUGGCCAGACAAGGUGGCUCACACCCACAAUUCCAGCACUUUAGCAGGCUGAGGCAGGAGGACUGCCUGUGGCCUGGAGUUCGAGUCCAGCCUGGCCAACAUACUGAGAUCCUCGUCCCUACAAAAAAUUUAAAAAUUAUCUGGGCGUAAUGGUGCAUGCCUAUGGUCCCAGCUACUCAGGAGGCUGGGGAAGGAGGAUUGCUUGAGCCUGAGAAGUCAAAGCUGCAGUGAGCAUGAUUGCACCACACCACUGCAGUCCAGACUGGGUGACAGAGUGAGAAUCUGUCUCAAAAAAAAAAAAAAGGCCAGGCUUUAGCUCUUCAUGUGACAUGACUUCCAAGGCCUGGCCCCCCACCCCCUCUGUCUCUACCCUCAUUUCUUUGUAUUUGAUGCCUCCUACUUCAUGUACCAGCAACUACUUGGUCCCACACAUAUCAGCAAUUUUCAUCUAUUUUUUUAUGACAUCCUCUCAUAAAGAAUGCCUUUCCUACCGUCUCUGUCUAACUCUUCAUCUUUAUGGCCCACCUUGGAAGUCAUUUUCUCUGGAAGUCUUGUCUGAUCACCACCCUCCCAGAUGUGUUUCAACUCUAGGGUCUCCUUGACCUAAUGCCACUGCUGCCAGCAUUGAAUUGUGGUCACCUAUUAGCUGAAUAGCUCUUCUACCGAACCUCCUCAGUAUUUCAGCUCCUCAAGCGUGAGAAAAGUGACAUCUGUCUUUGUGUUCUCCACCACUCCUCCUGUGCUGCACGAAUAACUGUGCACCUGCUUGAUCUGACAAUAUGCGGGGUGCCGGAUGGGUAUGGGAGGACCUGGGGAGGAGCAGGAAUGUGCUGGAGAAUUCAGAAGAUGCGUGGAACAAAAGUGUACCCUGUACCUAGGUUGAGGGAUAAUUCUUGGUAGUAAAGAUUAGAGAAACAGUAGGUAAAAGUCCACCACAGCCAGGCCAACCAAUGAUAUCAGUAAAUAUGAGAGAGUCCCGAGAGAAUUAGCAAGCCCCAUUUUACUCCUGAUAAAAUGUUAAUGGGAUAGAUCCCUUCGUUAGAAAAUCUGGCUCCCGGGGUGAGGCGCUGACACGGUUUAGCUGUGAGUCCUGGGCCAGGCGCAGCUAAAAGCCCCGCAACCCGGGAGACGCCAAAACAAGCCGGAGGGCUUGGGAUUCCGGAGCAGUCGCCGCAGCCGCUGCUUCUGCCGCCACGCACGCCCCGACCCGCCGCGGGAGGACUCGGCCCUGAGAGGCCUGUACUAGGCGCGGCCCGCGGAGCCAGACGUGUUGCUGCCGUGAGUAAAACGAGCGCCCUCUCCGCAGUCGUUUACAAAUUAAAAUGGAGGAAAUUUCGUUGGCCAACCUGGAUACUAACAAGCUAGAGGCCAUCGCUCGGGAGAUUUACGUAGACCUGAUAGAGGAUUCUUGCUUGGGAUUCUGCUUUGAGGUGCACCGGGCAGUCCAGUGUGGCGACUUCUACGUGGAGUUCGCAGAGGCUGGUAGCGUGAAGGAUUUUGGCAUUCAGCCAGUGGAAGACAAAGGAGCGGGCCGUCUCCCGCUUUGCUCCCUUCGGGGACAACCUGGGAAUGGGCCUGAUCAGCAGCUGCAGCGCUCACCUCCGGAAUUCCAGUAGCUGCAAAAUGAGAUUCUGAGAGUGGCCAAGACAAUAACGUAGACUGGCGCUUGGAGGAGUAAGCUAAGUAGAAAAAAGUAGAAAAAAAAGAAAUCAGACAAAAGUUCUAAUUCCCCUUGACGAUCCUAGCAUUUAAAAACCCAAAGUGGAUAAUUUAGGAAUCCUUUUUUAAAGUGUAUCACCUGGAGCCAGCUCUGAAGCCCUGGGCAGGAGGAGCUGCACAGCCUGCAGCCAUGCAGUGCCUGUUGAUCUCUAAACAUACCAGGAUGUGCGCAAGAUUCUGUAGUGCCCCCAGUGCACAGGUAUUCCUGGCUCUAUGCCAAAUGCAUCCUGGACUGGAAACCUCAGAGCUAUAAAAUGGAAUGACAUGGAAGACAAACAUGGAGGCUGCCACGGCCACUAUGUACAUGGUAUUU